GACGCCCCGCUUUCCCCCCAUCCACACCCGCACCCACCUCGCUCGCGCGCUCGGUAAAAAUCCCCACGAUUUGGGAGUCCUCCUUACAUGGCCACGCCCAGAACCGGGAGCACUCGCUCUUGUCAUUCAGAUUGCCGCUGCUUGCAGGAGCCAGAUCUCGUCGGUAGGAGGAGGAGGAGGUUGGGGUGGGGGUGAUGGAUCGGCAGAGGCAGCAGAGCUCCAGGGGCAAUGCUAGUGCUACUGCAACGCGGGGUGGUGGUGGUGGUGGUGGUGGUAAGGGGGGAGGGAACGGGAAGGCGGCGGCGGCGGGGAAGAAGCCGAUCAAGGUGGUGUACAUCUCCAACCCCAUGCGGGUGAGGACCAGCGCCGCCGGGUUCCGCGCCCUCGUGCAGGAGCUCACCGGCCGCAACGCCGACCCUUCCAAGUACAGCCCCCGCGCCUCCGCGGGCGACGACGGCGGUGGCGCCACGGCGCUGCCCGACACCGGCGCAGCCAGCGACGCCGACGCCCUCGAGGCGGGCGCGGCGCCGGGUCGUCAUCCGGCGGAAACGGCGACGUUCGACGAAGGCGGCGGCGGGGGCGGGGGCGGCUACGACGACGACGACGACGACGUCUUCAGGUCGCAGCUGCUGGACACCAGCUACUCGGUGUUCUCGCCGCCGACGCUGCUCUACGACGACCACCCGCACAGCAAGGUGUAGUGACCCACCCCGAUCCCUCCCGCCAUGAGGAAGACCACCUUGUUCGCUGUGUGUAUUGCAUGAUGAAAUUGCAUGUGUGUGCUAGCUUCAAUUCAGUGUGCCGCUCUAUCCCUUAGCCUAGCUCAUCACCACAUGCCUCAAAUGAAAUUAAAAAAGAGAGUGGAUUCUUAUCCCUCGAGCAUACAUCCUCUCGUUCUGUACGUAUCGUUCAAAAAGUUAUAAAAAAAUUAAAAAAUUUAUCAAGAUAGAUCAAUAGAUCAAUAGAUCAAUACAUGAUAGUAUAUCUUUUUCAAAUAUGCAAGUUAAAAUUUGACUUAUACAAUUCGAAACAAAAAUAAAAAAAUUGAUGAUGAAUUGCACGUUCUAUUCAUAGUUAAAUUUGUUAUUUUUUUCUACUUGUAUAAGUUGAAUUUGAAUUUGUAUGUUUGUGAAGUGAUAUAUCAUAUAUUGAUCUAUCCAACUAAUUUUUUUUCAAAUUUUUUUAUGACUUUUAAGUGAUAUGCAAAAAAAAUAAGGGGAUAUCCCUUUAAGGGAUGAAUUGAGUUUUGCAUUAAAAAAAAUGAAGGCAAAAUCUUAGCCUGAGCUGCCGCUAUCUGUGUUGUGUGUUUGGUACUGUGGACGCCACACACCUGGGGGGAUAAAUUCUUCUUCCUUUUUUAAUUUCCCCUCGCUCUCUUCUUCUUCUCUAUUGAUAUCAAUGGCUUGGUUAAUUAAUUGUCGUCUUCACUGCUAGCUCUUAAUUUGCAACUUUGCAAGUGAUGAACUGAUGAUGCAAUGCUCGUGUCGUCGCCAUCGAUAUAUAUAUAUGUAUAUAUCAUGAUGAUCGGCGGCCAGCUACGAGCUGAUGCUAGUAUAUUAAUUUCCAGAUCUUUUUUUCUUCGAUCCGAGACGUUUUUUUGCCUACUACUGUUCCUCUGAUUUUAUGGUCACCUUUUUCUUUUCUUUCUGUGCGGUUUUUUUUUUUUGGCAUGGUUGAGCUUGGAGCAUCGGUUCGCCGAUCACCCCCAGUCACCACCAAUUCGGGGUGGCGCUGCGCUGUGCUGCCAUGCCAUGCCACUGCUAGAGUGGUAGCGUGCGAAACAGUAAACACACUACACCGUCUGUCCAAAAAAAAAACUCUAACGAUUAAUCCGGAUAAAUGCUUAUCCAGAUUCAUUCCCAGAAGUUGAUUUUUUAUGGGACGGAGGAAGUACUUCGCUGCAACAAUACUACUACUGCACUCACCUGGCUAAGGCAGUGUACACAUAUAAGGGUGUGUUUAGUUCUUUGGGUGUAAAGUUUUUAAGGAUACGAACACACAUUUGAAGUAUUAAAUAUAGACUAAUAACAAAACAAAUUACCGAUUCCACAUGUAAAUUGUAAGACGAAUUUAUUAAGUCUAAUUAAUCCAUCAUUAGCAAAUGUUUAUUGUAGCAUCACAUUGUUAGAUCAUGGCGUAAUUAGGCUCAAAAGAUUCGUCUCACAAUUUAUAUGCAAACUAUACAAUUGGUUUUUUUCCCCACAUUUAAUGCCUUAUGCAUAUGUUCAAACAUUUGAUGUGAUGUUUUUGCCAAAAAUUUUUAAGAUAUAAACAAGGCCUAAAUCACAGCUAGAUAUCGUUGGCACGCACCAUAUCUAUAUCUUAACUCCUAAUCAGCAUCAACGUGCUAAUAUAAUCAUUAAUUAAUUAAUUAACCAGUUAUAAACCAGUAUGAUAUAAAUGUAUAGGAUGACGACCUCGAUCACUUUAAUUUCAUUUCAUUUUCAGUCUCUAAUUAAUAAUAUAUAUAAGAUCGGCUUGAAAUUGAAAGACCACUUUCAUCAGGAAUAUAGUGGAUACAUGCAUAUAGUCAUGAACACAUCUUAUCUAUCUUUGCCCUUCGAAUUCAUUAGUUAUAUAUGCAUGGCAUGGACACAAGAUCAAAGAAAAGCAAGUGUUGCGAGCAUAUUUUAGCUAGCUGCAAUUAUCAUGCAUGGCCACCCUUCAUUUUCAUGGCGAAUUCCACUGUACUAGAGGGCAUCAGGAAUUUCCCCCUUUUUUGUUUUACCCGUGAAGAAACUGAAGAAUUCGAAUUCCGGUCCUACCUACUUCCAACAGGAGAAAUUGACAUAAUUAAAAACAACCCAUCUCUCUUUGUUCUUCGAUCACCAGUUAAAUGUAUAUAUAUAUAUAGCAUACACAAGAUUGAAGCCUUGUGACAUUCAAACUCUAGAACUAAUAUUAAUUGUAGUCUCAUCAGCUGCGGGCCAGAAGACACAAUGCAAUACACGAGGGCCAGGUAUAUAUACUGCAACAGAAGUGUAAGAAAGCGACAACAUCGUGUUGGCUUACUAGCCAGCUAGCCCCCUACAGUCCAGAUAAUGAUUUCGUUAAGAACAGUACAUGUGAAUGGAUUUGCCUCUCGCACUUUGUUAGUGCUUGUUGGAUGGUCAAGUUUGGAACCGCGAGUUACAACUUACAAGCAGCAGCAACCAUAAGUUUCACUAAUUUUGGUCUUCAAGGUCCUUAAAACACUCAUAUACAGCACUACCAUCCAACCUUUUGUUCAUGAUUCUUCUGGUUUCAUAUUUUGGCUUGUUUGAUGUGUUCAUUUUUGUUCUUCCAUUCUUCCACUACUAGUUAUACUACUAUUUGCUAGGCAAAGAUUUUUUUUUUUUCGUAAGCUUGAUUUCAGUUACUUUGGUUAAUUUGUUUUUCCAUUCUUCUAUUUCAUUUGUUUGACAAUAUACUGCUUCAUGGGUGUUGCUUUGUGCUGUUCUGUUCCCACUUUGAUUCUUGGUCAUUGCUUAUAUAUAUUGCUCUUGUUCAUUGACCCAUUGCACUUAAGUUUACCUUUCGUUUUGUUUGACAUUGGCUGAUGACUCGAUGGCCCGUGUUGUGUUAUUCCUUGAUGUUGGAAUGAUCCAAAAUUAAACUUUCUAUCUUAAUUACUAUCCUAGAACACACUCAUAUAGGUUUAACACUAUACAUGCAUACACGCGAUGCACUGAUGCGUGAUAAUAAAUUAGCAUAUUAAUCCAGUGGAAUUUAGCUGUGGCUUAAUUUGAUCUUUUCUGCUCACAUACAGGUUGUAGCAUUGUGAUAUCCAUGCAUGUUGUGCUAGCUAGUUGAUCUUUUUUAUAUGUACUCAAUCUAUUUCUCUUUUCCCGAUAUAUGUUGUCCCAACAAUCUCUCAUUUUUCUUGAAUCAAUAAUGCUUUCCCGUUCAAUGUUUCCUCUUUUGCUUCCACUGUGUGUACAAGUCCCAAUCUGUGUACUGCAUGCUUAUAAAGGACCCUCUUCGAUCAGCAUUUACAUCCUGCAGUCUGUAUAUGAUUUGGUCUAUUUUCCUUCCUCUUUAAUUUACUUUUGAGACAGACAUUAUAUUGUCAUGGCAUUAUUUCCUUAAUUCUAACAUUUCGGUACAUCGUGUUUA